AUUAUUUACUAUCCGAUGACAGUUUUUUCCCCACAAAAGAAGCUCCGCCUAUGCCUGUGCUUGUUAAAAAGCUCCUGUCAUUCAUUUAGAGCUUUUCAAAUUGAUUAAAUGCAUACCGCGUCAUUAUUUGACAACUAAAUUUCCUUUCUUAUAGGUUUCAAGCUGCUUGCAAACAAAUCCCAAAAUAAUUUCAUCUGUUCUUCAUGGGCCUUACUGGUCAUCAUCAACAAAUAAGGAGCCAAUCCAUCUCCUUUCAAAUCCUAUUAGAUGUUAAGACUGAAAGUUGCCGAAUGUUGUUUAAAUUUCUGGAACAGGGCUCUGAAGCGGUCAUUUUCUCAUGUUCAGAAGUUAGAAGUGUCCAUGGGAUUAGGAAUUCGUUGGCGAAGAAAGGAUUAGUAAAGGAGUUGUUGAAGAGGGAUGCUAGGGACCUAGGAAGCCAGCUGAUAGUGACAACUGCUCUCGCAGUGAGGAGAACCGCGAGGAUAAGGGUGUUUUCCAACGGUUCUGUUGGGGAAAUAGGCAAAACCCUGUUGCUGCAUUAG